AAAAGAAUGUGGACAAGUCCAAAUAACAGCAUCAACCUUUUUUACAGUGCUUUGAAAUAUUUCAUUAUUUGUGGAGCCAAGUGAAGGAUUAGAAUUUUUGGAGACGAAGAUUAUCCAGGUGAAGGACACUGCUUGCGCCCUCUUCCCUCUUCAGAACGCCGAAGGAACUGCGCGCUCUGACAGCAGGGUUUGCUCACUGGCUGACUGCUGCAGUUGGACAGACAAUAACUGUGCCACAAAGUCUGAAAUCAUCUCAAAAUGGAUCAUCAGGACCACAUGAAUUCUGGACAGGUGGGUGAUUCUCCUGACAUAGGCAACAUGAGCAUCAAUGAUGGCCAUCAACAAGACUUGAAGAAUGGAACAGCAGCAUAUAUGGGACCUGGGGAUGGUCCAGUGAAAGAGAAGACACAUGAACUGACAUCUGAAGUGACCAGCCAAAAGCCUGUUUUGGAAGAUUGUGAACCCAAGUCUACUUCCUUUGAUAGAGAUGUACCAUUGGAAGAUUUAACCCCAGGAAGUCUGCCAGAGAGUGGCCGGAGCAGUGCGGCAUCAGUGGAUGAGGAGGGAGAGCAGGAGAACGGGGAAAGGGAGAAAUCUGUCAGCCCACACCAGUCACCCGCGUCCCCACAUCUGCAGACCCUUUCCGCAGGGUUGGGUUCAGGGAUCAUGGGCUUUGACAGCCAAGAAAAGAAGAGUCCCUCAGAGAAGAUGUCUGAUCACAGUCCCAGUGGGCUUGAGGAUGAGAAAGAGGAGAAUGAAACAAAACGUUCUUGUUCUCCUGAUGUGGAUGCGCCUUCUGGAAAUGAUAUCAAUAUGGAAGAACAGAAAAAUGGUGAAGAUGAUUAUGAUGAAGACAAGGACAGAGAAGAUGUUGUGGAUGAUGAAGAAGAGAAAGAAACUGGAGAUAAUUUGGUAUGCAGUUCUGUUGCCCCAGGUUUGACAUCUCAAAAAGAUGAUCGAUUUAAUAGCGAACACGAAGCCCCUACUCAUCUUUCCAUGACCCCAGAGGAAGCUAAAAAGCGUGGCCUAUCCUUCGACUACACCGAACCUCAGGAUCCAGGUCAGCAGAGUGCCCCUGCGGGCUGGGAGUGCAGUUCUGACAAAACGCCACCGGAAAGCAAGAGCCCAGACUCCUGUCGGGCAGAUCCAGGCUCUCCUCUUUCUCCCAUUGGUGCGGCCGAGCCCACCCAUCAGGAGUUGUCACUCACAGACGUCCAUACCAAUGCUCGUGAGGAAGAAGAGGAAGUACCAGAAGAAGAAGAGGAUGAGAGCAGCAUUCCUCCAUGUUCCCAAGAGACGGCAGAACCCAAGAUGGAACAUGAAGCAGAUUCAGAGGAACACAAAGAACCCAAAGAAGCAAAAGAGGACAAGCAAGAUAAAGCAGAGAAAUACUUGGAGACAAGUGAGGAUCUUAUUGAAAUGCAAAAUCUCCAGUCUGUUGCCAAACCAGAACCUGAUGCUGAUGCUGCUCCUGCUAAAGAUACCGUCAAGCCCAGCGCUCAAGUAAUGCCAAGCAAAGGAGCUCCCAUCAAAGAAUCCCCUGCCAAAAAAACCAAGAAACCUGUUGCCACGGUCACUGCCACCCCUUACCCCAAAUCUGCUCCAAAACUUCAGAAAACUCCCUCCAAAGAUGCUGCUCCGGCCAUAAAAUCAAGUGUCCCAUCCAAAGCCAAGACUGGAGCAGGAGGGGCUUCUGAGAAAAAGGUUGGCGAUGCCAGGACGAAGGCAGUAGGCAUUAAACCCCAAGGAGUAGGCACCAAAAUCCCAGCUGCUUUACGGAUGGAGCAGCGAAGGGCAGGACCAGGGUCCAUUGAGAGAGCGGACUCACCCAAAACCCCAGACCGCAGUGGUUGCAGCAGCCCGGCCAGUCGCUCCUCAACACCUGGACAACAGGUGAAGAAAGUAGCCGUGGUCCGCACCCCGCCUAAAUCGCCCGGUUCGCUGAGAUCCCGCGCCCCCAUCGCCCCUGUUGCACCCUUGCCUGACCUGAAGAACGUCAGGUCCAAGAUUGGCUCCACUGAGAACCUCAAACACCAGCCUGGAGGAGGGAAGAUCACUAUUGUUCAUAAGAAGAUCGACAUGUCAAAUGUUGAGGCUAGAUGCGGAUCCAAAGGCAAUAUCAAGCAUGUUCCUGGAGGUGGUAAUAUUCAGAUUUUGCAUAAAAAGAUUGACUUGAGCAACGUCCAGUCAAAAUGUGGCUCUAAGGCCAACAUUCGUCACAAACCAGGAGGUGGAAAUGUGGAGAUCAAAUCUGAGAAAUUGGAUUUCAAAGCCCAGUCAAAAGUUGGAUCUCUUGAUAACAUUGGACAUGUUCCUGGGGGCGGUCAGAAGAGGAUUGAGAGCCAAAAGUUAAAUUUCCGCGAACAAGCCAAAGCCCGCACCGAUCAUGGCGCUGAGAUCGUGUACCAACCCACCGAUGUUUCCAUGGACGGAUCGCCCCGCCGUCUGAGCAACGUGUCUUCCUCCGGCAGCCUCAACAUGACUGAUCCCCCACAACUGUCUACGCUAGCUGAUCAGGUGUCAGCCUCCCUCGCUAAACAAGGCCUGUGAGCCGUUUCCCUCCUCCCUCUAAAGGGUAGUGAUGUGUCAACGCAACAAAAUGUGUCAACAAUUGACAAAAAUAAAGUUUUAAGUAUCUCCUUCAGUCCUUUCAAAUAAGGUGCUUGUCGGAUUCUCCUAACUAAAGGUUGUCCUGGUGGCUUGUCUGCUUAAAUUUUUUCGCCUUCUGGCAUGGAGGGACUGGUAUUGAUGUUAUUGGCUAUCAUUAAAAUAAUACCAAUUUGAGCUGGUGGUGUAUUGAUCCAAAUGGUCAUUUACAGCACAGAGUAACCAGAUUUUUUAAUUCCCCCGUUUUUUAAAAGAAACAAAGACGACGACAUUUGCUUUGAAAGCUGCAUUUGAUCGGUUGCCUUAUUGUGAAUGUUUUUUUUAUUUACCAUAUCUUACGCAUUCCUGUUAUGACAUGCAGCGGUGGUGAAGGUUUGAAAAGGUGAAGUUCAUUAGGAAGAAGAAAAAUAUUAAACACUCUUUGGUAAAGCAGAAAAAAACAGGUUGGGGCAUUUGUUUUAUCAGGCUGUGAUGGACACACAAGUCAUACAUUCUGAAAGCAUAUCUGGACUUUAUAAAAAUAGACAGCACAUUUGUUCUAACUAUAUCAUAAAUAACUGAAGAAAUUGAAAUCUUGGUACUAGAGUCUACCUGCACAUUAAGAUUGUAUAGCAUCUCAAAACUAGACAUUUGCAUCUAUAUUUAAAUACUUCACAACAGCUUUUUAGCCAGGGACUUCAUUCCUCAUGAAUCCUGAAAUUUGUGGAUAGUUGCAUUGCUGAAAGAACUGUGCUUGGCCUCAAUUGACUAUUUUGACAAAGUAGAAAUAAACCAGUAAAAUAAUCAAAACCUUAUGACAUAUUUUGAACUAGAACUGGUAAAUUGGUAAGUGAUCUAAGGCUACAGCAGAACAAAACUGAUACAUUUGGUGUGAAAUGACGCAGGACACCCAGCCAAGCUUCUUCAGUUAUAAUACCUUAUUAUAUCAUCAACCCAAACCACACUGCACAUUCCCAGCAUGCAAUGAACUUCACCGAGAUCUUGAACAUAAUAAUUCACCAUAUCCCUUUUCACUGUUUAGAGAACUCUGUACUUGACUUAAAGGAGUGUUUAACUAGUUUUUAAAUAUUAAAAGAUAAAGACAUAAAAUAAAGCGAGAUAAUGAACAAAGCUACCUGCAAAAAACAUGUUUGUAAAUUGCACAUUUUUUCCUUACAGUGUUGUGUGGACGAUUUUUGCUUAUUUGAAAGUGAACUGAUCGGACAUUUCCGCCUGCGAUAUGCCUCUAACUCAACUACUCGUAAAUAUGUAUAUCUUGCAUUUAAAAGAAGGGAAAUUAAUACAAACGCAGAAAAUUGGAAACAUAUUUGUAAACGAUUUGCCUAACGCCACAUAAUCUCAGAUUACUACAUGACAAGCUUCAGACGGACUGCUGUAAAUCCAACAGUGUGGCGUCUCAAUACAGCAUGCUGCUAACAUAAACCAGAGAAUUUAGAUAUGUGGGUUAAGCCAACGAACAGAUUUACCAGAUAAAAUGUUAAGGCCCUUGUAGCUAGCUGUAUUUCAAACGGUCCUGUAGUCUGUUAACCACUUCUCUCUUUCCCAAUGUUUCAUUUCCUGCCUCUGCUCUUUCAUCGCCUUCUAGCUUGACAGUUGUGAUUGUCCUUGUUGUAAUGUGUUUUAUUGGUUUACACCGAUACUCCUUGCUGUAAACGUGAAUUUGGAAAUAAAGUCCGUAUUAAACUGC